CUCACACCUCCGUCUUCCAACCCUCAAUUUUAGGGCCAUAAAUAUUGUAACUAGCUGCCAUGACUGACGGUUUGGACUCUCAGCUACUGAAACGAAAGCGAGCAGAUGGGGAAUUGGCGAAGAAAAAGAGAAAGAAGCAGAGAAAGAGCGAGGCGUCGAUACGAAAAGACGAUAUCCAGGUGGAGGCAAGCUUUCCGACACCCAGAGGCAAAUCACCGGCAACUUGGUCUGUCUCCGCUCCCAUCGGUGGAUGGUUCUUACCUCAAGACCCCUUGUUCUCACUUGAUGAGAAAUACCUGUUCCUCGCGGAUACCAGAUCUGUGCAGGUUUAUUCUACUGAAACUUCUCUUCCUAUACGCACUCUUGCAGUUGGCUACGGAUACAUAUCAGCCUACGCUCUUUCGUCUACAAAUCCCGAACACCUUUACGUCGCAAAUUCAUCUGGCCUGGUCACUCAAUGGGACUGGACUAAUGGAACGAAGACAGCACGCUGGGAAAUCAAGACAAAUAUUCGACAGAUGACAGUAGUGUCGCAGGCGCAAUCGAACCAGGAUCUCGUGUUCUGCCAUGAAGUGGAAAAUAGUCACAAAAUCAACGUGCACGCUUUACGCACGCUUGACCAAGCUUCCCAAACGGAAUUGAAACAGGUCUUGAAGUCGAAGUCAGCUAUCAGCGGAUUCCAGGUCUUAUUAGAGGGAAUGAUCCUGAUUGUUGCCUGCCAGAACUCGAUCGCAAUUGGCAAACGUGCGAAGCUUCACAGAACUGCCGUACAAGAUUUUGAGUACACAUGGCGAGAGUUCCGAACCACCAAACGGAUAACGGCAUUCAACGCGUAUGUACGGAUCCCGCAAGCUUCAGGAAAAAACAAAGAUGCUUUACAAGAUUCAAGAAUCCAUCUUAAUCUUGCAUUUGGGGAUGAGAACGGCGUAAUUUAUCUUUUUGAUGAUAUGCUGUCGUCGUUCGCCAGGUUCGAGAGAUCCCAGAAGGAUAGUGGAAAGACAACUAUGGAUCUUGAUACACUCAGGCCAAAGCGUCUGCACUGGCACAGAGACGCCGUUAGGUCAUUGAAGUGGUCGAAAGAUGCUAACUAUCUAAUCUCUGGAGGAAAGGAGACAGUGCUAGUGAUCUGGCAACUCUCCACCGGAAAACAACAGCACUUGCCUCACUUGACUGCGUCGAUUGAGAACAUCGUAGUCUCUCCAUCGGGUGCUUCAUACUCGGUGUUUCUGGCAAAUAAUUCCAUCAUCGUAUUAUCGACCUCCGAACUCGUGGCUAAAACGAACAUUGUCGGAACCCAAUCGCGAAGGAUAGAGCUUGAGCAAAUGCCCCGAGCAUCAACAUCCAACGACUUUCCCUUCGAUAUCUUCCAUCAAGUCCCAAUGGCCGUUCAUACAAAGAACCCCAGUCAAGUCAUGCUGUCGGUGCCAUCAUCUCAGCCUCGAAAUGAGCAUCUGCGAAUUCCACCGCCCCAGCCAUACCUGCAGACUUUCGAUUUCGCCACCCAAUUACACGUCUCGCGACAGGCUCUCACGCGAAACAAUGCGACGGACCUCAACACCGGACCCGAUAAGACAAAGAUUCAAGAACCAAAUGUCAAAUUCAUCCAAGUCAGCCAUGACGGCAGGUGGUUGGCAACUGUCGACGAGUGGACACCACCACCAAUAGAUAUGGGCUAUCUUGAAGAAGGCAUCCCAGAGUUCAAUGAGGAAGAGCGGCUGUUUCGCCGCGAAACCUAUCUUAAGUUCUGGAGUUGCGACGAGAAAAGCGCGCAAUGGACUCUUGAGUCAAGAAUCGAUGCGCCUCACUCAUUCGAUACUCUCGGCACCAGUGCCCAAGUCUUCGAUCUAAUAUCCGAACCGACUAAAGCUGGGUUCGCCACUGUAGGCGAAGACCGUUUCGUGCGCAUUUGGAGGCCGAAGACGAGGCUACGAGACGGUAUGACUGUGCGAGGAAACGACAAACGACAUAAGGAGGGGCUUGUAACUUGGUCACUUGACUGGUCAAUCGAGCUCUGCGGCAGAUUUGACAUAUUAGACUCUAGUCCCAGUCCUCACUCCUUACUGAACCCUAGAAAUUCUCGUUUGGCAGUGUCUGCAGAUGGCUCUGUCCUCGCCGCUGGAGUUUCCUGGUCCUCAGAUGCCAAUACAGGAGUUAUUCACAUACUAGAUGCUGAAAAGGGAACUGUACGACGUUCCAUUACAGAAUUAGACGUAACCGCACUCUCCUGCCUGGGGCUAGUUGGGCGAUAUCUGGUUGCUAUCAGUGACUCGAUCAUGGUAUGGGAUCUCGUCGUCGAUGAACUCGUCUUCUGCGUGCCCGUAGAGUUGCCUGGUAUCGAUCGCUCCCACCGACCUUGGCUUAUUCGUUUGGCUACCAAUGAGAACGACGGAACGUUUGCGGUUACAUGCCCGCAAUUUGAAAAAAAUGAAACCUCUAAAUCGCGCGGCACCCGAUACUUUAAGAAAGCCACGACCAAGAUUUUCGUUUUUGAGCCACAGAAACCCCAGGCAACUUGGUCUAGUACAGUACCAGACAUCGUUCUCGCGCUCCAGUCUAUGCAGGGUCGCAGAGGCUAUGUUAUCCUUGACUCUACAGCCUCAGUUCGACUUGUAAAUCGGAAAGCGGUCGCGUUGCAGUUGAUCACGCCUCCACCCGAGCCGACGCCCGAGCUUGUCAGAAGACGCAAGGACAUAAAAGAAGAUGAAGACGAAAAUGAAGAUGAAGACAGAGACGAAGAAUCGAACGAUUUCACCCAAGGCCAGGAGUUGCUUCCAGAUACGGAAAACGACAAACCAGUGGUCACGCCGCAGCAACUACAGGAGAUAUUCGACCUUAGCUCUUCAAACACCCUACCGCCGGUCAAGGAACUAUUCAAUGCAGUUGUGGGGUUGUAUGCAAGAAAGCCAAAGGCACAGUGAGGGUGGCAUCAAUCUGUAGCAGAUAGAUUUGGGCAGAAAACAAUUUCCGAUGUUCAAGUAUAUGUUGCACACAUUCAAG